CCAAAAAGUUGUGUUCGACCGUCGAACGGAUAGAAAUUAGAAUCAAAAAAUUUUCCUACCUCACGAAUACAUAUAGAAAUUUUUCAUAUGUAUACUAGAUAAUUACUUUGGUUACUUUUUGUUAUUUCUGAAGUGAAAGCUGCCAGUUACCUAGUAUAGCGACAUAAUUUUUUCUAACAUCCUUGGUUAAAAGUGAAAGUCAAUAGAAAAUUGCGAAAUCGAAAAGCUCGUGUGUGAUCGUCGGGCACAGAUAUAGACAGCGAUAUCUGUUGGUAUUUUCCCUGCCCUGUGUUGGUGCCAUAUCAAUUGGAAGCGAUCUGUGGAUUGGUGGAUCGGUGGACCAUUGGAUUAUCGGGGUUUCUUUGUGCCGACAAAGAUUCUUUCUCUAGAAGAAAAGUCGCAUUAAAGCGAAUCGUAAAAUUAACGUUUGCCAGGCGAAGACCAUCGGUAAACAGAUCAUCACAGCCGCAUACCACAGCUCGUUCGCCUUUGUUCUCUUGGGGAAAAUGGGAAAUGCCGAGUCCACACCCUCUGCAGAUGACACGCAGAUGCAGGUGCAGCAGGCAGCCGAUGACGAGCCCUGGUGGAACAACAUUGAGCACGAGAAUCUGAUUCUGGAACAGGCCCCUUUGGUCGCAGAAAAGAAUUCAGAGAAUCCAAAAGUUGAAAAGAUAAAUCUGGAAACACAAGUUGAAGCUAAAAUGGAGCGCAAAGAGAAGGAUUCUUCCCAAGAAGAACAGACCCUAGAGGAGUUCAAAGAAGAGCUUCGUCAAAAAAGAGAAGCUCGUCAAAAUGCUGUUCAGGAUCUUAGAGAAGAAAUAGUUAAUCUUAAAAAAGAAUUGUCUAAGGAAAAAGCUGAAAACCGACGUCUGAGAAAAGACCAAGCUGAGGUCUAUCAAGAUGAGAGCUCAGAUACUCUCAGUAAUCAUGAAUCUGAUCCAGAUGAUGAGAACCCCAUCUCCAGAAGUCGUCAUGCUAAUAUCGAGCUGGCCAGUGCCCAACUGGCGUUGCAGCAGGCUCAAGCCGAGAAUUUGUCUUUGCGUGGAGAAGUGGAAGUGGUUCAACGCCAGGUGGGAACCCUGAAGGAAGUCAUAUCUUGCUGCAAGCAAAUGCUAAGUGUCAAGGAGGAACAAUGUGCUCAGCUCAAAAUGAAACUAACGCAAAUAGAGAACUCCUUCAGCGAGCGUGAGAUGAAGAUCAUGUCGAAUAAUCUCCGCCAGGAGUACGAACGCCAACUGGUAAAUAUCCGCCAGCUAAGGCAACUUUAUGAGGAGCGACAGAGAGUGGCCGCUGCCGAGUACGAGAACCUGCAGCGUUUGAUAUCGAUCAAGAGAGAUGAACUUACGGCCGAGCAGGAGAAAACCAAAAACUUCGAGGAGCGGAAUCAGACCCUUUUGAAGGAAGUGGAGACAGCUAAUGAGGAGCUUGCAAAGCUGCGCGAGGAGUGCAGCGAGCACAAGUUCGAAAAGCGUCUUUUAAGUGAGCAGGUGGGAGCAGUCAACCUGCUCUUUAGCCAGCUGAUCAUGGGUUUUAAUGGCAAGAGCAACAUGAACAUUGAUCGUGUCAAUCAAAUGUUGGAGGAGAACCGCCAACUCCUUAAUCAAAUGACCCAGGCGGAGGGAAACUGCAGCGAUGGAGCAACUCUGCCAAAGUUGCUCUUUGACCUUGUGGAGCAGGCAACUGGUCACGGGGACUACGCUAAGGAAUCAAGCAAGAGCCGCAGCCCCACUCCCAUUCCAACAAAUGACACCACGGACAGUUGUCAAUCGGAAGGAGUCAUCAAAAAACACCGGAAGGAGAGCUCGGGUUUGGGUGUGGAUGGCACUGCUAGCCCACUAAAGAGCCACGAGCCCGAAAUUAUGGGAAAAGUUGCCUCGGCCCAAGAAAUCAUUGGCAACUUGCCAAAAGUUUGGAAAGUGUUGAUGGAGCUCUUGAGCCACCACAAAAUAGAGCGCGUGCAGUUCGAGGAGCUUCCAUCCUGCAGUGGGAGUGCGACCUCAAGUGCGGCCCCUCUAUCCUCCGCAUUGUGUGCUCCAGAAAAGGACGAAUGGGAGUCCCACCGCAAGCCGCCGGAGCUCAGCGUCAGCAAGACCUACAUCAAACUGAAGGACCUUAUCCUGGAGAAGAAGUCCCUGGUGAAGGAGACGAACCGCCUGAAAACACUUAACAGUCACCUGGACUACCGUCUGAACCAACAGGAGAAGCGAUUGAGCGGUGUGUGUUUGGAGCUCACGAAAACCUGGCACCUGGUGGGCAAGAUGCAGCGCCAGCACCGCCAGCUCCACACCCAGGAGCAGAUUCUGCGCUAUCAAUUGCAGCAGAAAAGGCGUCUCCUCAGCGAACUCAAGGACGAGCUGGAGUACUGUCGCCGAAAAUGGGCUUUGGCCAGGGCUAAGAACAAUGAGAGCCAGGAACAGUGUGACGAAUGGCGAAGGGAGUUUGCCAGGAGAAAGUUGGAGGAUGCAAAUCAUUCAGCAGAGAGUGGUUACAGUGAUUCUGGACCUCAAUCAGAUGAGGAGCGUGAUGUUUUAAGCGGUGAUUUGGGUAGCGAAUGUCCCGAAGAGGCACCCACUUCAUCGGCAGCCUGUCGUAGGAAAAUUCUUAGAGAUCAAUUCGAGCAUACGCGCAAGAUUAAGCGGAUGCAGAGCACGUCACCUGGUCGUCAAGGCUUCGCAGGCGAGGAUGAAGAGACCGAGGAUAUAGUACUGCGGUGGAACAGUGCUCCACCGACAUGCGGAUGGAGGGAAGAUGCUACGUAUCCUGAAGAACAAGAAGAUGACGAGGAUAACGUAGAGGCAGGAGCACAUGGUGGUACUCCACAUAGUUCCAGGAGCAGACAAAGAAGUCAUGCAGGCUCAAGCGAAACUUCAGGCACAGCCAGUCGCAUCCAGAAGCUUGAAGAGCAGUGCAAAAACCUCAUUCAACAAGUCCUCGAAACCUCUGGUAAUCGCGAGCGCCUCGAGAUUCAGUUAUGCCAGUUUCAGGAUGAUAUUGCACCCGCUCAGCAUGCUGUGCCUUUGGAGGAAUUCAUUAAUAGAAAGCAUAUGGAGCGAAUGACCAGGGCCAGUUCGGCACCGGCCAACGGAAGCCUUACUCCUCGGGAGGAAGAGUACACCAGAAAAAGAUCCGAGCGUUUAGGACGUCUUGAGGAGGAGUCGCGCCAAUUGAUGUCAAGGAUUAAAAGGACUGCUGACCGAGGACACUACCUCAAAAAAUCUUUAGACAGAAUAAGAAGAGCACCGAGUCGUGAGGCAAGCUUUGAAAGUAAUACAGAGGAGGAAGUUGUGGCUCCUGUAUCCAAAACUGAAUCCACUCCAGGUCCAUCUCCGCUAACUGCUGAGGAAGAGGAGUACACAGCCAGAAGAUCUGCGAGGAUUCAGCGUUUGGAGCAGGAGAGUCGGCAGUUAAUAUCGCAACUCUCCCGAAACGCAGAACGUGGAGAAAACAUGUCUACUAAAUUGGAUACUCUACAUGAACACCACUCUCAAAAUCAUCAGCAGGAGCAGGCCCAAAACUCUGCUAGCAUCUCGCAAACUGUUGAACAACGAUUGGAGGAUAUUGAACGAGUUUCGGCCAGUAGAGCCGAACGUCUCCGUUUGCUAGAGGCUCAGGGAAAUGAACUGAUAGCCCGGUUGAGCUCCACGUCCGAGAGGGGAACAGCUAUGAUUAACAGGAUUGCGGAGAGGGAAGCUAUUCGGCGGCAGGAAGCCGAACUUGUAGAACAAGCGGUGCCCACUGAAGAGGCAACGAGCUCAGGAAAUUCCAUAGCCAGCUCUAGGAUUGUCCGGGAACUAGAGGAGAAUGUGGAAGGAGCUGCUUGUUGUGCAACAGUCACCACUACCCCUAGUCAGUUGGCGUUGAAGCAACAAUCCACGGGAGCCAUUCCCAAGACCAUGAAGACAACGAGCAGACCACAAUCUCAGUUGUGUGCUGCGACUCGUCAAGACGAUGCGGCCAAGAAAAGGUCUUCUGGAAAGGAAGCUGCCGAAAAGGAGGAACCCGAAUCCCUUGAGAAUAUGGUCGAGAGACUCAGGGCAUUGCCCUUUCCAACAAAAGCUCAGGAUAAUGAGACUGUCGAAUUUAAAAUUAAUAGUAAAACAGAAAGUAAGGAGGGUAUUCAAAGGGACCCUGAGACGUUAAAUCAAGAAGAUCAAGUCCAGGGAGAAGAAGUUAAAGACCUGAAGACCGAAGACGAGGCCGAAGAGCAGCUGCAGGAGCGGAAUCAUAUGGAUGACGAACACUGAAAGAUGUUCACUACAUUUAAAUACGACUAAAAUAACUUGCUGAUAAAACUACUAAGUCCACUCAAAGCUCUUGUUAAUUGUAAAAAUUAACGAAAAAUAAAUAUAUAUUUUUUGAUGUCCAUUUAAA